GGUAAACGUACCUCCUGGUGGUCAGAUCUUGCGUCCUAUAUUCUGCUGCUGCAGCGAUGGCCGAAAGGGACAAGCGAGUUGACACCUGGAAACGUUUCUCCUCGAUGGGACGAACCUCCUCUCCCCCCUCUCCCUCCGCCUCUUGGGUACCCGCUUACCAAAACCCGACUUCUCUUCUCCCCUGAUUCGAUUCCAAUUCGACUCGGUCGGCGAAGCUACGAGCCAAGUCCAGACACCAUAUAACAAGUCCGGGAAAAAGAAUUCGUUUGUAGGGUUUCAUUCACCCUCUCUCCAUGUCUGCGAGCCCUUCCGUAGAUGAGGCCGCGGCCCUCUAUUCGAGCAACGGAGGUGGCCAAGAAGGAGGCAGUACGUCUAUGCCCGCGUCGGAUCCCGGAGGAGGUGAGGAAACGGGAGGGGAAUCAAUGGUAGAAACCCUAGAGGAAAACCGACGAGGACUUGUUGAUUCCGGUGGUGCUGAUUCAGCUGAGAAGCCGGAAUUGAAUGUCGGGGAGGAAAGAGAUGCGGCGGGGGCUGAUGAAGUAUCGGGCGCAGUUGUUCCUGAAGGGGCUGAGGGUGGGGAGAGUCGCAACGGGACUGGUGUCGAGCUUUUGAAGGAAAACGUUGCAGCUUUCAAAGAAAAAGGGCAGGGUGUUGUGCCUAACGAAGUGAAGGAGCAUGAUUUGGUUGAUGAGUGCUUUCAAGAUACGGAGGUUGGCAAUCUGGGCUCCAGAGGGCAGGAGAUGGGGGAUGGAUGCAAUGGCGAUCAAGAGUUGAUAGCAGAUGCGCUGGAGACCGGGAACAUUGGGAGAAUUGCUCUUAAAGAGGCUAAAGCUGAAGGCUUGGAGAGUGUGGCAGAUCUGGGAGGAAAUGUGGAGGAUGUUGUGGAGAUCAGAAAGGGAACCGAACCCAUGAAGGAAAAGGAAUCCUGUCCAGAGAAGAGAGCAAGCGCAAUGAAUGAUGUGACGAGUGGUGAUUGGGUUGACAGGAAGGCCGAAGUCAUUGAAAGCAAUGUAUGUCCGAGUGAGUUGGUGCCGGGAGAUGAAUUGGGUGGUGAUCAGAAGCUGAAAUUAGACGUCAAGGAGGCAGAAAGUGUGAUGGGGGUUGCAGAAGCAGCAGCCACAGGUACAGGUGGAGCAGUUGAAGUUGAUGGCUUGGAGGGUGAACCAGCUAGUGAAGGGAAGGUUGAUGUCGUGGAGACAGGGAAUAAAACUGAAUUCCUCAAAGAAGAUGAACCUUACAUAGAGAAAGAGCAGAGCAAAGCAAAUGAUGUGAAGGGUCAUGAUUUGGUGGACAAGCAGCUUAAAGCUAAAGAGGGCAUUCUAGGUCCUAACGGUUUGGAAAUGGAAGAUGGAUUUGGUAGUAAACAGAAGUUAGAAAUUAAUGUGGUGGAUGGAGAAAAUGUGGAGUGUGAGAAAGGAACUGAACUCAUGAAGAAACAGAUCACAAACCAGAACUUGGAUUGCAAAGUGAGGGGCCAAGAUUUGGUUGAUGAACACCUGCAAGCUCCUGAGGGAGAUGUGGGUUCCAUGGCAUUGGAAACAGAAAAUAAAUUGGGUGGUGAUGAGAAGCUGGAAGCCAGUGUUGGUGAUGCAGGAUCCGGAGUGGGGACUGUCAAAACCCAGGCUGCGGUUGCUUUUGCAAGGGUGGAAGCUGAUAGGUCAGAGGGUGUAGCAGGUCCGGGACAAAUACAGGUUGGGGUUGCAGAGUUUAGCAAUGGAACUGAACUCCCCGAGGGAGUUUUAUCUUGUCCAGAGGAGGAUAAGAGUUUGGUUGGUGAGGUAACGGACCUUCAGGCUGCAGAAGGAACACUUGUUCCUAAACUGUUGGAAACAGAUAAUAUUUUGGAUGGUGACCAGAACCCUGAACCAGGUGUGCUGGAGGUAGGAUGUCUAUCAGAGCCUUCAAAUUAUCUUGGAGGGGAGGAAGCUGAGAGAUUGGAGAGUACGCCAGAAUUGGGACAAGCACAGCAUAAGGUUCCAGAGACUAGUAAUGGAACUGAUCUCACCGGGCAAGCUGUGUCUUGUCCACAGAAGAACCAGAACAUGGUGACUGAGAAGGGAGGUCAUGAUUUGGCUGAUGCGCAUGGGCAAGCUUCAGAAGGAGACGGCAGUCAGAACCAAUCUGUAUUUGCGGAGAGUACUGGUGGAAAUAAAGACAUGGAAGAGGGGCUCUUUUUGGGUAGUAAUCAAGACACACAGAUCUGCUCAGCAGGACGCGGAAUUGAGGCGGUUGAAGGGUCACUGGUGAGUGGUGAUCAAGACAGAGAUCAUGAAGCUUCUGUUUCUCAAACAUCUGUGGUAAACACAGAUCAGAAUAACCAGGAAGUAAGCAAUGCUAUUCAUAGGGAAGAAACAAAGGAGGUGGAUUCACUGCCUGUUGAUGAUGCUAUAAUUGAGCAAGGAGAUCAUGUUGUAAAGGAUUCAGACCUGGCUGAUUCAGGUGUAGAGGUAAACAACCCAGAUUCUCAUGUUAUUGAUGACCUAGUGGGCAGUGGACCAAUUGUGACUGCACAAUCAGAAGCAGGCUUGGCUGAAAGUGUUGUUGAUGCAGCAGUGCGUGCAGAUAAAUAUCCUUCUGAUGAGAAUGCGAGGGACAAAUUAGAUAUUACUACAGCAGAUGGGAACUCAGUUUUGGUUGGCACAAUUAUGGAAUUAGAAAGCAAAGGAAGGCAGCCAGUUGAUGAGAAUACAAGUGGUAAAGGAGAUAAUACUAUGGCUAAUUCAUGCCCAGAUUUAGAAUCAAAGUUUGUAGGAACAUGUCCACUUGCUUCUGUUCUGAAUGAUUCAAAGUCAUCUGUCACUCCUGGUUUGCUAAUGGCCUCAGAGCUAUCUGUAUCUGGAAAGAAUCAAGAGAGAGAACCCCAGUUCAAUGGUUUGCUGGUUGAGAGGAGUGAUGACUCGAUUGUUCAUGAAGCAGAAUCUUCACCGGGCAUAUGUCAAAACAUGGACAUGGAAUCCAGGGUUCUCAAGGAUGAAACUUCUCUGCCUGAGGCGUGUCAUGAAAAGAAGAUUCUGCUCAAGUUGCAGAAUCUGAUAAGAAGAGCCCUUUGCUGGUGGAUAGUGUGGCAAAUAUUGUUAUUGGUGCAGGUGGUACUACUGAGCAGAAUGUGCAGGUUGAUGAACAAGGACAUUCAAAAAUAGCUGAGAAGCAAGUUGUGAAACGUGUUGGCAUAAGGCCUCGAACUUCCACCGCUGGAAAGGAUCAGCAUGCUAGUUACUUCUUGCCUCUUCAAGACAAGGAUGCUUUCUCUAUUUCUGAUCUGGUCUGGGGUAAAGUAAAGAGCCAUCCUUGGUGGCCUGGCCAAAUUUUUGAUCCUUCAGAUGCAUCGGAUUUGGCAAUGAAAUAUCAGAAGAAGGAUAACCUCCUUGUCGCAUAUUUUGGAGAUAAAACUUUUGCAUGGUGUGAAGAACCUCAGCUGAAGCCUUUCGAGACAUAUU